GUUGCUCAACACAACUACGUUGCAGUUGCUCAACACAACUAGACCCGAGUAUUUAUGAUGCAUGCUUACCUAUACUUUUUCUUGUUUUUAUAUCAGAUCAACAGAACUUACAAGCGACGAAAGAAUGAUAGGAUGCAUAUGCAAAAGGUACGUUACUACUAUCACAUUAACCAGCAUAAAUUGAAUGUUAACAUGACCAUAAUAUUGGCCUUUACAGUGAAUGUUGAAAUAUACGAUUACGCACCUGCAGUCCAUUAUGCGUUUUGCCGUUGUAUAAUAUCUAUCAAUUAUUUACUGAGACAGAGUGCAAGAGCGUGUUUCGUGGCGUCGGACACACAUACAAAAACUCUUAAAAUAAAUUAACUGCUAUUAUUAACUGCUGUAAAUUUGAUGGUUAACGCGAGCAGCUCGCGCCUCACUUCCGGUUUUAUUAUUGGCCGGUCAAUGAUUGUUUCAUUGUUGACCGGUCACCCUAUCGCCAAAGCAUACAGUGAACAUAAUGUUUUGUGGAUCGGUAUGUUAUACGUUUUUCUAAUCAGCAAACAGGUAAAUUGAACUUUGACACUUAAGGUGAGAUUUUUCCAUGUUUUAAUUUGUCUGCGGAAUCGUUGAUGACGCAAUAGAUAUUUUUUCACUAAGAUGCCAUCCAAACGAAGACAGUAAAUUGAAUGGAGUAGAUCGUUCUCCAACCUCGAAACACUAGAGCUGAGGUAUAGGAUAUAGUUUCCCAAUUAAAACGACAGGCUACCGAACGGCUACGAGACGAAAUGACCGGCUAUCUCUUCUUGUGUGCCGGACGUUGAUUUUGUAAGUAUUUAUACAGUAUCUUCAUAUUGCCUCUUAAACGUUACCAGGGGCCGGUUGUAUAAAAAAGUGACUAAAGUUAAUUAUAAUUAAGUGGAAACGUCAUCCAAUAAGAAGCGCUUAUUUGAGAGUUAAUCACUAUUUAACUACAAAAUAGUGACUAAAAAAGUGAUUGAGAGUUUUAUACAAGCUUAUGAUAAGGCUUGAAAGAGAAUGGGGCUAGAGAAAGGCUAGGUACGUGUGGGUCAGGGAACCAAUGGAUUGUGAUUUUUCUUUCUUUAACAUUGAAACGCUUUCCAAGGCAAAAUACAGGCCAAAACUUGUGAAGCUUAAGGAGCAGGGUUAUGGAAGGAAUAUAGGCUGUGAGUCAGGGAACGAAUGGAUUGUGAUUGUUCUUCGAUCUUUAACGCUUGAUAUUAAUUCAAUAUCAUUCAAUUUUGAUGUAUAGCAAGAGCUUGUGUUGCAAAAUCAAAGUCAAUGUGUGAGAUGGUUAGUUCGAAAUAGACAAUCAAUAUUUCAAUAAAGUAAACUGUUAGGACUUUGUAUAUAUGUAUUCUUUGUGGAUUGCAUUUCCGACGUCACCAGGCAAAGGCUGCAUCAAAUACUGUAGUCUUAUUAUCCGUGAGACUGUACAUGGGAUCAAUCUAUAAGAGCGGAUUACACGGUAAAUAUAUCUUAUUGAAUCGUUUGACAUAUAAUCCAGGCGAGUAUUUAACGAGUUUCGAACGUAUUUUUCCUAGCCCUGAAAAGGCGAGGGAAAAUGCGAGAAACGAGUUUACGAAACAGAGUAUAUUUAAUAGGAUUUUUUUUUAGAAAUGAGUAUAUUUAAUAGGAUUUUUAUUAUAUGACAAACCUGAAAAGAAUAGUUUUCUAUGUCUUGUUUGGAAGGAUUUGAAUGUAAUUGACGUUGUAAUUAAAAGGCAAAUUAUUUCAAACAAAACGAGAACAACAACAAAACAAGUUACGACUUGCAUAAUAAAAUUAGGAACAACCGUUUACACUAACUUCGUCAUUCUUUAAUCUGAUUGGAUAAAAUAUUACAAAUGCAAAAACCUGUCAAUCACGUUUUUCAGUUUUCUUUUAACUACUUGUAAAAGACAAAGACAACAAACCUUUCAACAAGAAAGCUUCGGCUUUGUACGAGCCGACAUUUUACGUCCAAACUAUCCAAUUGCUUCAAAAAUGUUCAAGUAAGUUGUUAUGCGGAAUUGUUUUCGUUGAAAAACUAGUUUUGGGAAUAUAUUUAGAAGGUCGAGUUUUCUGUUUUCUGUUUUACUCUUGCAGUUUUAUAGCGUUAUUUUUUUACUGUUUAAGUGUUCGUAACGUUUUACUCGAGUCAGGAUUCGGCUUUUACGCAAUGUUUUCCUGUAGUGUGUUUAUUGCGUUUGACACAGUGGUUUGUCAUAAAAAAAGUCGGAAUUUUGCUUCGUCCUAAUUAGGAAACCUUUUUAGGAAACCUUUUCUGUUAUAUUGCAAGCAUUUGUUUCGAUGAAUCGCGCAAUUUAAUUGGCUGCUGAAGAGGCAGGACUUUCCCUUAUUGCCCACGGGCAAUACGCAAUUUUGAAUGGAAUACGCAAUUUUGAAUGUUGAACUGGAUGUUGAAUGGUAUUCCAAGUGAUUCCUUUCGUAUAAAUAGUCAUUUGUUCACAAUAGUUCAAACGUAUAUUGCGAAACUAAUAGAUUAUUUUUCUCAUUAAUUUAAUCAUUGCAAAAUUGUGUUCCUCUUUAUGUAUGUUCAUGCCUGUGUGUGUUUUUAGUCCUUCAUGUAUACAGCUAUUUCAAUUAAGGUUGUCCCCGAGCAAAGCGGAAAAGUCGAAUACGAGCGCGUAAGGCUGCUGGGAAUCGCUAAUAAAUUAAUGAAUUUAUUAGCGAUUCCCAGCAGCCUUUCGCGCUCGUAUUCGACUUUUCGGAUCCGCUUUGCUCGGGGGACAACCUUAAUUGAACUGGCUGUAUAUCUCUUGUAUAUAUACGUGUUUGUAUAUCUGUGUUACAUGUGUAAGUUAUAUAUUUGUAUGUGUAUAAGCAUUUGAAAAAUACAUAAUAGUUAGUUUUUAACGAACUGUUCUGUAUUUUUUUUCUCCUAUUCUCCUUUCUUUUUAAAAAAUCUUGUAUAUCAAAUUACAUAAGUUUCCUCGAUAAGCCCCUGCAGCUUUUGAAACAAAUGUAAAGUUUAUAUAUUGUUUAAAAAAGCACGCAAUUUUUAUUGCCCUGCGACGAGAGUCGAGUUUCAAACGGCAAAAAGUGUCUAAAAGCCUUUCAAAACUGAUUCAAAACGAAGAAAAAUAAACCUAAAAUAAAAAAAGGAGCAACUUCUGUUGUUAAGGAACUUUCCCAAUACGUUUUUGUUAGCGAAAGUCAAAAUUACAAGGUAUAUUUUACAAUGUUUAUAACUAUAAAAGCAGUCAGGAAUACGGUUGUGUUUUGACUGUGUGAAGGCUGCAAAUUUUAUUUGCAGAUAGCCAUGCCAGGAGGAACUUGACACCGUCCUAACUAAAAAAUACAACUAAGGCAGCCACAGACUUAUAAUUUUUCCCUGAAAAUUUCUGUUUUUGUAGAUAGAAAGAGACAUAAAUAUGAGAUGAAACGAACUAGAAACGUCCUUGUCGAUGAUGUUUAUUAAUUUUAUUGUUUUCAUAUUUGUUGUCUUUGAUUAAAUGACGAAAUACCUCGUAUUUUUCUUGAAAUAGGCCUACUAUCCAAACUGUAAUAAGUUCUUUGUAUGUUUGUAUGGCGAUAAAACAUAUAAUAGUUUUGUUUGUGGAAACACCACGUAAAUUUAUUACUGCAGUAAUAAAUUUACGUGGUGUUUCCACUGACAAACAAAACUAUUAUAUCCAAACUGUGUUAGGAUUCCAUAAAAAGUGCUGAAAAGUAGUUUUACUAACCAAGAGAACAUCUUUUUUACAAUUGUCUUUUUGCAAAUGUUUUGAGGACUUUGUACUUUGCCCUCGCGUGACUUUUCCCCCAUUUUCUACAAACGCGCAUUGCCAUAUAAUAAAAAACUUACUGACCUCAACCGUUCGAGCAGUAACACAAUUGCGUAAUGUUAGACCGCGACUGUCGUUUUACCUAUGUUUGUGUCAUUAGAAAGGCAAGAUAUUCUAGGAUUUUAGACUGUUUACAAUUUUUACUGAAUGCGAGAGAUGUGUCGUAAACUCUGCGCAACUAUAAGGAGUAUAAUGUAUAUUUUCAUAUUUUUGGGGGGAAAUUUUGGUCAUACCCGGAAUGACUACCAUUACCUCUAGCUACGCAACUGCGUACACAGAGGCCAUUGCGAAACUUGGGGGUCCAGCAUUGGCCGCGAAGAGAAGACGGCCUUUCCUCUAGGCGUUCAGGUAGAUAAUAUCUGUUGUGGAACCCCUUAAUAUUGAUCUUCUACAUCAACAAAACUAUAAUUUUUCCAAGAAGAUAGGCCAAAAUGUACGAUAACAAUUUAGUUGGUAUAGAAUAGACUGAAUGAUGAUUUAUUACAAAUGUCAAUCACCGUUGUUACAUGCUUCGAAGUUAAUUAUUAACUUAUCGCAUCCUACAAAUACUACAUUACUCUCCCUCUAUUUUUUUAACUGAAUGUCAACCACUUAAUAAAAUGUCCUUGCCUUGUGUUCAUACUUAUGUAAAUCAAUGUUGUCUGAUGUUUCUCUAAUUUAAACGUUUAUAUCGUUUUACUGUUUAUAACAUCAAGUCUGGUACUGAUAUGGUAUUACCGGUCUUUUCAUUCUUGUUGAUCUCCUUACACUUGGUUCUUGCUUUGGUGGUUCCUCUGUUUCCGUCGAUCUUCCCGGUGCUGUAUCUUCCUGCUCCUCCUCGCUUUCCUCCAUUACUACCUUCUUAAAGUGUGAAACGUUUCUUGUCACCGUCUUACCAUCUCUUUUAGCUAUGAUGGUGUUGUGCUUACGUUGUACUAACGUAUAAUGUUCUGGGUCAAACUUUGAUGUUAACUUAUUGUUCUUCUUCUGUUUGCAAAUGACGAUGUCACCCUUGUGAUCCCAGCUUCCUUUGUUCUUUUGUUUCUGUCGUAGUACUCUUUGUUCUCUUCGUUCUUGUGCUCCAAGUUCUGCUUCGCCAUCUUGUGUCUAUUAACUACUUUUUCUCUUGUGAGUUCUGGUAAAUAUCCCCGAAUUUGUCUGUUAAAAAGUAGUUCACACGGAGCGACUUUAGUAGUUUGAUGAGGAGUUGAACGGUAUUGAAGUAGAAAACUUUGCAGUUCUUGCUUCCAAUUCUUUCCUUCAAUAUCAGCUGUUUUGAAGAGUUUUCCAAUUGGUUUCAUAAAUCUUUCUACGACGGCAUUACCCUGAGGCCAUAGUGGUCUAAUUGUUUUCCAUUCAAUACCAAGGGUUUUAGUGUAUGUUUCAAAUUCUUUCCCAUUUAAUGGGGGUCCAUUGUCAGUUUUUAUUUUUGAUGGUAUUCCAUAUCUGGCAAAUAUCGUAUCUAAUUUUGGUAUGCAAGUUUUUGCUUCUGUUGAGUUGACUAUUUCUACCUCUGGGAAUUUUGAGUAGGUAUCGAUAACCACUAGCAGGUAUUGACCAGUUCGGGAUACUGGACCAUAGAAGUCGAUUGCUACACUAGUCCAUGGUUUGUCUUCGGUUGGUGUUAUUUUCAUUGGCUCCGGGUUAUUACCGUGACCUACUGCUUGGCAAGGAAUGCAUUUGUCUACCAUUUCUUUCACUCGUUUGUCCAUAUUUGGGUACCAGAUCUUUUCGCGUAGUAGGCUUUUCGUUUUCUCAAUUCCCUGAUGCCCGAUAUGACCUAAUUUUGUUGCUCUUUCUUGUAAUGUUGUUGGAAUGACCAACCGUGUGUUCUUCAACAGUAUACCUGCUGAUGCAUUGUACGUAAGUUCGUCGGCGCAAAGUUUAAACGGUUUAAGAUUAGGAUCGUUCUCAUCCCAUUUUCCCUCUUUCAGACAUUUCUUAACCUUUUGUAUUACUGGAUCGUUAUGGGUUGCUUUUUUAAUCUCGUCAAGUGUCAUUGACUUUGGAACUGAACAGUUAGUUACAUAGUUCACAUAUUCUUCUGCUGAUGUACUCGUUAUUUGUUCUCUCUCUAUAACAGCUGGAUGUCUACUUAAGUAGUCAGCUUCGUUUAAGGAUCCUUUGCGGUAAAUGACUUUGAAGUUGAAUGGUUGUAAUCGCAUCAUCCAUCUCUCGAUGCGGUCUAGUGGUCUGGAUCUUGGGUUAUUGAAUAUAGAUUCGAAUGCUUUAUGAUCAGUUAUCACAUCGAAUUCUGAUCCAAUCAAGAACAUUCGAAAAUGCUCAAUUCCCCAUUCUAAGCUAAGUCCUUCAAUAUCGGUUUGAGAGUAUCUUGUCUCAACUGGGCUGAGUGCUCUGCUUGCAUAUGAAAGGAUUUUGUACUGCUGGCUGUGAUAUUCGUUCUGUGCUGGUAUUACACUAAUUCCAUAAGGGAGCCAUCUACGAUUACUAGACUUCGUUUCUUUGUAUCGAAAUAUGCCAUAACUGGGGUACUUGUUAGUUUCUUUUUCAGUUGCUCAAAUGAUUUCUGAUGUCUAUUUUCCCACUUAAAUGCAAUGUUUUUCUUGGUUAGUUCUCUUAGAGGUGCUGUAAUAGUUGCAUAAUCUGGAAUGUAUUCGUGGCAAGUGUUGGCCAUUCCCAGAAAACUUCUAACCUCUCCAGCAGUUUUGGCAGCUGGUACUCCAACCAUGUUCUCAAUUCUCUCUGGAUCUGGUUUGGUUCCUGCUGCUGUAAAUUUUAAUCUGAAGAACAUAAUUUCUUCUUGUAGAAAUUCACAUUUUUCCCCUUUCACUUUCAAGUUUAGUGCUGCUAGCCGUUUUAGACAGUUCUCUAGUGCUUCAUCGUGUGACUUUCGGGUUUUACCAUGAAUAACCAGAAAUACAUGCAUGCAAUAACCCCUCGCCUGUUUUCAAAAGAUAUAUACUCAGUUCCGUUGCGAGCACUUCGUCGCAGGGGGGGGGUUAGAUAGAGGGGGGGGGGUUACCAAAAAGUUUCCAGAUGUACAAAAAUUUUUCAGGACAUAUAAUAAUUUUUCCGAAAUUUAAUACAGUUGUUUUCCAAAUUCACUUUCUCAGUCAUGUCCUGAGAAUUACCUGAAUUCCCCUGAAAAUCUUCUGCAAAUCUACUUAAAUGUAGGUACUAAAAGUGCACUGGAAAUCUACCUGAAAUUCAUCAUGAGCAAUAAUCAGGGGUGUUGCACCCCCCCCCCCCCCCCCCAGUGAGUUCCAAGCAAACACUCUCUGAUUUAUUGUUCGUGUAUUUCGAUCACCUCCCAAAAUAUUGUGCAUCAUACUAUAGAGCAUUUUGCUGUUGUCAUGCUCUAGCAUGGUUCAAAUUUAUGAAUUUUUAUUAUAUAAAGUAUAGUGUUUUGCAGAGUUUUCAAGCACUGACAAAAAUGAUAAUCUCAGAUGUGAAAUUAUUCAUGAUAAUCUCACAUGUAAAAAUUUAUCGCCUUUUCAAUUAUCGCUUUUCUGUAAACAUUAUCGCUUUUCAUUUAAGACUGUCCUUUAUAUAAUAAACAGAAAAAUACAUGGGUGGUUGGAAAUACCAGAUUUAUUUUUUGUGUUGAACACGACAUCUCACUCGUUCACUGCGCUCACUUGUUCGCUGCACACUCAUGUUCAACACUCGAAAUAAAUCUGGUAUUUCGUGCACCCAUGUAUUAUUAUCUAUUUAAACUACAGCUAGACUGGUUUAAAUUAUUAUCAAUUUAUCAGUGAUUGUAAAAGUUGGAGAUAGAAGUGUUUUGUUUUAUAAAAUUAUCAAGUUGUCGGUGAUCGCAAAACCUCCAAAUCCUUAAUUUCAAAUGUUAGAAUGUUAGGGUUUGUAAUAUAUACAUUUUAAGUGAGAAUAUAUACAUUUUAAGACCUAACCAGGAACGACUGCGAAAAAUGCAGCAUAAGGUCCUCUGGUAGGAAUUGAACCUACGGCCCUGCGAUUCCGGUGCAGCGCUCUAACCAACUGAGCUACAGAGGCCAGCUGUUGAGCUUUAACCGUAAGUGCAUGUAUAUUUAAGUAAUCGGGUGUGCGGGUUAUGAAAAGGUGGACUUCAAUAAUUUGGAUUCUUGCACUUCACUUGGUGGACUUAAUAUUAGAAUGUUAGGGUUUGUAAUCCAAGUGAGAAAAAAUACAUUUUAAGACCUAACCAGGAACGACUGCGAAAAAUGCAGCACAAGGUCCUCUGGUAGGAAUUGAAUCUACUGCCCUGCGAUUCCGGUGCAGCGCUCUAACCAACUGAGCUACAGAGGUCAGCUGUUGAGCUUUAACCGUAAGUUCAUGUAUAUUUAUGUAAUCGGGUGUGUGGGUUAUGAUAAGGUGGACUUCAAUAAUUUGGAUUCUUGCACUUCACUUGGUGGACUUAAUUAAUAUUAGAAUGUUAGGGUUUGUAAUCCAAGUGAGAAUAUAUACAUUUUAAGACCUAACCAGGAUCGACUGCGAAAAAUGCAGCACAAGGUCCUCUGGUAGGAAUUGAACCUACGGGCCUGCGAUUCCGGUGCAGCGCUCUAACCAACUGAGCUACAGCUCGGCCAGCUGUUGAGCUUUAACCAUAAGUUCAUGUAUAUUUAGGUAAUCGGGUGUGCGGGUUAUGAUAAGGUGGACUUCAAUAAUUUGGAUUCUUGCACGAAUCACUUGGUGGACUUAAUAUUAGAAUGUUAGGGUUUGUAAUCCAAGUGAGAAUAUAUACAUUUGCAUAUUCUCACUUGGAUUACAAACUAUUCUCAUUUGGAUUACAAAAUAUAUACACCAAAUAUAUACAUGUACUAUACCAGUACAUUUGUAUAUUCUCACUUGGAUUACAAAAUAUUCUCACUUGGAUUACAAAAUAUAUACAUGUAUAUAUUCUCACUUGGAUUACAAACCCUAACAUUCUAAUAUUAAUUCCACAAGUGAAGUGCAAGAAUCCAAAUUAUUAAUUUCAAAUGCCCCGCCGGGGCUAAGGUUCGAGUGGAAAUGCCCAACCCCCGGGAUGUGCUUUACAGAAAAAUGGCUGGGCGAGGGGGAUGGGCACACUUGGAUUUGGCUGAUGCAUUAAAAGUCCUGUGCUUAUUCCAGACUGCUUGUCAAAUAUUUACUUGCUAGAAGUAGAAAUUUACUCUGACCGCUGGAUGAAGAAGACAUUAAAUAAGUACUGUCUGUCUGUCAAUAAACAGAAAUGUAUUUUAUUUCAUAGUAUUACAAUUUUAUUUUUAUACUAUAAAAAUAAAAUAUAAACAUGCAGCAUAGAAUAUGCAAAUUCGAGGCAAAAUUAUUGUUGAAUCGGUUUAUUUAUAGGAUUUAUAACAAAUAGCAACUAUAAAAGCUUGUACCUUGUCUUCACAUCGUAAUAGCCAAUGCUUUUAAUUUUACAUAUUUUAGAAUCAGUUCCUUUCCUGGUAACUGCAUUUCUAAAUGAAAUCAUCGUGAGUAGUGAGUGCUGAGCAGGCUGUUUUACUAUAAACAAAUUUUAGGAAUUUUAACAACUUUGAAAAAUAUAUCGUUGCACAUUCGGUCACAGUCGGAAAAAUGUUCAUAGUAUGUUGUACCGUCGUUUGCAACUAACGAUGAACAGUCGCUCAUAAAAAACAUUCGCGUGAUUAGAAUCUUCAAUGUUUGUCAAGAACAACAACACUUAAUUGUUGUUUCCCAUGUGUGCAAUAAAAAUAAGUAACAAAACUUUGUCUGAACUUGUUGGGCUAGAGACCUACUGGAAACUUUUAAUGAGAAUAGAGAAUGUUUUAUCUGCAACUGUUCACCCUUAGUUGCCACCGACGGUAUUUGAUAACUGAUAUAAAUAAAAUACAAUCUGGUUAUACUGUCUUGAGCGUGUCAUGACAAACUCUUUAUUGGAAAAUUGUGAAGAAAUAGUCGAAUAUAGAGGGUCGAAUAUCAUACUUAAACUUGUAUAGCUACAGUAUCAUUGGUAGAUAGCGUUGUGAAUACAAGCCUUUGCUUUAAUACCUUUCGCUUCAGCAGUCUUUUUUUUCCAUGCUUCUCUACGCUUUCCCAGGCGAGCUUCUCUUUCCUCAGCAGUCUCCUCGAGCAAACGUUGUCGUCUUCGCUGGCUCCCUCCUUUUCGCGAGACGUUCGGCUUUCUUGUCGUUUCCUUGCCGCUCUUCAUUUGGCUCCAUACAGUAGUCCAUAUCUUUUCAAUUGGUAUUUGAUACCAUAAUUGUUUUAUUAAACUCUUUAUAGAGCAAAUUGCUUUGAAAGCUGUCAAAGUUUUUUGCAAACGUACAAAAUACUGCAGUGCAAAAAGCAAAUUAUUUUCAUGAAGUAUCUGUCAGUUGAAGUCGUCAGUUCAUCUCACAACAACAAAUUUUAAAUUUGACCAAUCAGUGUUCGCUAUUCACGACAGUCCGCUAUAUUUUGAGAUCAGUGAGGAUGACCACCCAUGAACGGUGAACCAUGCGCCCGCGAUAUUUGAUGAACUUUAGACUCCGCUAAUGCUUUCGUUUCCCCGGGUGUAAAUAGCCGGGGGGAAUUAGUACCCUCGCACGGCGCUUCGCGCCGCCGGCUCGGGGAUAAUAUGAUCCACCAGGUUUUUCAAUCCUCUGUUAUCGCUAAGGUUUUGUUGUAGCACAUUUUGGAAUAUCUCGGCUGCACUGUUCGUACCAUAAUUUAAUCUUUCAUACUGGAACAGUCCUUCAUGGGUAGAAAACGUUGUAAUGAAUCGAUUGUCCGGGUGAUAUGCUUGCUUUAUAGGUCAAUCUUUGAGAAGAAUUUUGCUCCAUUUACCUCAGUUUUAAAAUCUUGUAAAGUUGGCAUUGUGUGUCUCUCUCUUUCGAUUGCCUGGUUUGCUUCCCUCAUGUCUACACAUAGUCUAAUACCUCCGUCUUUCUUUGGUGUGACGACUAUUGGAGAUAUCCAUAGUGUUGGUUGAUUGCCAACUUUCUCGACGAUGUCUUGCUCUUCUAGUUUCUUUAGUUCCUUAGAAACAUCCUUUCUCACAUGAUAUGGUAUACGUAUUUGCCGCUGCAUAACUGGUUUGACAGCGUCUCGGAUAUGAAGUUUAAUUCGUUGAUUGUUCAAUUUUCCUUGCCCCUUGAAAACUGUAUAUUUGUUUAUGAUUUCUUGUAUUUUGGGGUCUUUUGAUUGAGGAACACUUGUGUUGAUUUCUGGAUUGGUCUCGCAUGCAGUGCUGUGUGUAUUGUUUUGAUUUGUCUUUGUUUGUUUAUCUUGUUCAGAAAAAACGGAAAUUGUAUUAAUUAGCUGGACCAAGGCCAAAUCUUGGGCUGUUUUAGCACUUAAUAAAUUUCCUCCUGCACCGUCUAUUACAUAUAUUUGUGACACGGUAUAACGCUUUUCCGAUUCGAAUGUUGCUUGAAAUUGUCCGUUUAGAGGCAGAGGUGUGUGAAACCCAUAUGCGUAGAUUUUAGUUGAACUUUUACGUAAUGAACUUUUCCUCUUUAAUUUCGCGCAUGUGGUAGAAUCAAUGAGGUCAACAGUCGCGCCAGUGUCAACCAAAAAUAAAACGUCCUGUCCAUUUAUUUUUACGGUCGUGUGUGUUUUCUCCCUCGUUUCUUGCGAUACUGUGUAAACAUAAUUCUCUUCUUCCGAGCUUUCAGUAUUUCGUUCGCUUUGUGAUAUUCCAACAGCCUUAGCUUGUUGUUUUUGUUGUUUAUUCUCAUCCCAUCGUGAUUACUAUUGGCGCCUUUUAUCUGGGGAGGAAAAACCUUGCGUUUGUAAUUUCUCAAGGUUUCCCUUACUUGAGAAAGAUUUUCCUCGUGUUCGACAGACUUUAGCGAAGUGUCCCUUUAUUCCGCAGUGGUUACAAAUAGCAGACUUCGCUGGGCACGGUUGAUUGUCGUGUGGAUACUUGAAACCGCAGUAAUAACACUUUUUCUCAGUGGGCGUUGUCAUAGCCAUUGCAUUAAUUAGUUGCAUUUAUAUUUUCCCUUGUUUUGAAUUGUUCUUCGAUCCCAACAGCUUGAGCUGAACUAGUUUCGUAUUUUCGUCCAUCGAUUAACAUGUUUGCCAAACUAUAUUUUGGGUCUUGUAGUGCUUUCUUUCGUAAUCUUGAAGAAGUGCCGUUCGUUACAAUCUGCAUCUUAAUUUCAAAAUCUAUGUUUGUAAAUUCGCAAUAUUUUGCCAACCCUCGUAAACGCGUUUGAAAUUCGUCGAUUGACUCCUCUUUGCCUUGCGUCGCUUGUCUAAAAACAUAGGUGUGAUAUAUCACGUUUUUCUCUGGUUCAAAAUACUCCGUCAACGCUUUCACUGCCGACUUAAAAUCUUUGGUUUCACCCUCUUCUAGAGUCUUGAAAAUUUCGUGUACUUCGGGCCCCGCCUGAUACAAUAAUAAAGCUCGCCUUCUCGCAUCGUCUUUAAUAUCUGCUGCGAGUAAAUAUGUGUUGAAUCUCUCCAGCCAUCGUGUCCAUCUUGCACUUGUACUUGUACUUGUAGGAUCACUCCUUGGUUCAAAAGCAGGCAUAGGCUGUAUGUUUUGUGCCGCCAUUCUAGUUUUCCGUUAUAUUUUUCACGCUGUUUAUUUUUACAUCCUCGUCGCCAUUAUAGAAUAGACUGAAUGAUGAUUUAUUACAAAUGUCAAUCAACGUUGUUACAUGCUUCGAAGUUAAUUAUUAACUUAUCGCAUCUUACAAAUACUACAGUUGGCAGUAUAGCAACUGCGAUUUUUACGAUUUGAUUUGUAGAAUGUGGUCUAUUUCAUAUUAUGUUUAUGAAAAACUAAUCAUUUUUGCUCAAAAGACUUUUAAAAGACAUUUCAUUCUGGAUAUUAUUUCGCUUUUGCCAGCUGGCAAAAUAUCCAUUCAAUUAUCUUAUUUGAUCGCCUAGAUUUCAAGACUGGAUGCCAAAGAAGGCAGAAAUAGACAGUGAUGACAACACGUUACUCGUGACAAAAUGUGUACACGAAAUGCAAGAAGUUCGGGUUAUGGAAUCAAUUACGUCAUUUGCGCGUGAGGAUGAUAACGGAAAGUAUAAUGCAUUUUAUUUGAUGAACUUAAAUAUUGCGCCGGUCGAAGCUACUGCGCUAUUUUCAUUUCUUGGUUACAUCAAGAACUUGCACGUUCUCCACAUUGCUGGUUGCAGGAUGGAGCAUUUCGCACUCCGUGAAUUGGCCAAGUUACUGCAGAAAGAUAACGAAAUUACCAAUUUACAAAUAGUGCGUAGUCGUAUUUCAGAUGAUGGUGCUAAACACAUUUUUGAUGCGCUUACGAAUAAAAAUUGUGAAAUCACACAGUUAAGCAUAAUGGAUGAUAUAUUAACUGCUGAAAGCGCUAAAUAUCUAAGUGAUACUCUGAAGAGUGACAAUUGUAAACUUUCUGGAUUGGACAUAAGUAACAAUGAAUUGGCAGAUAUUGGGGCAAAUCAUUUAAGCGAGGCCCUGAAGAGUGACAACUGCAAAAUUACUGAAUUAUGCAUAAGCUACAAUGAAAUUACCCACGCAGGUGCUAAAUAUUUAGGUGAUGCUCUGAAGAGUGACGAGUGCAAACUUAUAGCAUUAUAUUUAAAUGGCAAUGAAAUGAAAGAUGGAGGAGCUAAAUAUUUUAGUGAUGCUCUGAAGAGUGAUAACUGCAAACUUGUUAAAUUAGACAUAAGUGAAAAUGAAGUCACAGAUGUUGGUGCAAAAUACUUAAGUGAUGCUCUGAAGAGUGACAACUGCAAACUAACUGAGUUAAACAUGAGUGGUAAUAAACUGACAGAUGAAGUGCAAAGUAUUUAAGGGAUGCUCUGAAGAGUGGCAACUGCAAGCUUACUGCAUUAGAUGUAAGUCGUAAUCAAGUAACACAUGAAAUUGGUUCAUAAAAUAGAACGAGCCAUUUUGAAUCGCAAUAUAGCCACUUGAAUGCGAAAAAUAAUAAUGGGAACAGGGAAGGACAAUUACGCAGUACAUUUUAUUAAUAUUGCUCUUAUUCGUGAAAUCACGAAGUUCAAAUAGGUCACGUCCGCUAACCUCAGCUGUUUCCGGUACGGUUUUUUUAGCUACUUAUGAUGCAACAAUUGAAUAUGAACUGAUGGUUACUAGAUUGAUGUUAAUUCUUUUCAAUAUAUAAAUUAAUCUUGUUUUUGGAGGCCAAUAAAUUAUAUUCUCCCUCAUAUUGCAUGUUUAUAACGCGUGUACAUACAUCUCUCACUAAUCAGCGCUCCUCACAUAAAAACAUGCACCUGAAAUUAGCUAUUGGUUAGUUUAUACCCAAUUCCCAACUUUUAAUAACUCGCAUGCCUAGUUACUAUUGUUCAAGUUUAU